CGACCGCACGCACUCCACGGCACUCGGGUGUCGCCGCAGCGGUUCAUUUGUUGGUCCGGUCUCUUUACGUGUUGUUCGUAGUCCGUCUCGCGUCCGUGCCUGCGGUGUUCCGAAACUCGUCCGUCCUCGCGGCUGAUGAACAGUGUUCCUAUUCAUAUCUGCGUGCCAGGAUCGCCAACGUCAUCAAUUGCGUCGCGCCAAUAAUACCGCUCGCGUUCUUAAGGAUUUUUAUCUUCGCGCGUGCACCAACUACUCCGCGAACGUCUCCGCCCCCUCCUAUGAUUCCGUUCGAGUGCGUCCCUUACGCCGAACAACAGCUAUGAGUGCGUUCGUGCGUGAUGGCUCACUCUGCCGCCGUAAGAAACGCCGUGCUGAGAAUCAUGAUACGCCGCCGAUUACAGAACAAAUGUCGUCGAAGGACGAGCAAAUUACGAGGAUAAAGAAAAACCGAAAGACUGAUAAUUUCUUAAAGACUGAUCUCCCUUUGCACAACCAGGACUUUGUGAGGUGCUGUGCAGUUGCAUUUGAACGUUACGUUAUAGAACUUGCCGACCCCGAUGUUACCGAUGACGAAGACGAAUGGAAUGCUUCUCCGCUGGAUUGGAACCCGCCUCCAGAUAUUUUAAACUCAUCCACUAGAAAUGAUUCUCUGAUUACUGAUCAACACUAUGAUCGAACUAAAAGAUUUUUACUAAGAGAUUUCCAGAAUAUAAGCGAAGAAUGUAUUAAUCAAGACUUUAAAAACCACAUGUUGUCAUUAGAUGAAGAUAAACAAAAAGAACAAUUAGAAAGGAUACUUAUUCAAAGUUACAGUGCAACAAAUGGCAAUUUAAAACAAUCCAGAGCUAUGAUAAAACAGUUAGAAAAUAAAAUAAAAGUACUUUUUGUUUUCCCAGUAGAACCACCGACAUCAGAAGUUAAGAAAAAGAUUUUAACAUGUAUAGAGGAUAUAAAACAAAACCCUAAAAAGAAAAAUAUUUUUCACUGUAUUUAUCGUACAAUUCAAAAAGAGACAAUUAAUAAAAAAAUUAAAAAAUUAUUUGGAUCAAAAUACUUUGAGUCAGAUGAAAAAUUUAUGAAAGAACAAUUUAAAACAAAUUUAAAAGAAAAAAGUAAAAAUACUGAAAAUAACAAUAAAAUUUGUAGUCUUCAAAAAUCUCACAGUCUUCAUCAUUCACCAAAAAAUUCUUCUGAACUGACAACAACUUCUCAAUCUUCUAUCAGUUCUAAAGUGCUUAAACAUCCUAUUCCACUCAAGAAUAGAACUUCUAAUGUCAAUAAAAAAUCAAAUGUAACACAAAACAUAUUAAAAGAAAUGAAUGUAUCAAUUAAUGACAAACUGAAUAAUAAUAUCAAUAUUCAAGUUCCUGUAAGCUCUAAACAAACUGAAAUUGAAACAAGUAAUACUACUAUGGAAAUUACAGAUCAAACUGUUGUCAAUAAUUUGAAUUUUCAAAAUGAUGGUUAUUUGAAUGUUCAAGAGAAUGACUGUUCUACAAAAAUUACUCAAAUGAAUAAAAAUAUCUUAGAUACCAAGAAUUCUACUGAAUUAAUAAAUAAUGUUCUAGAUGAUAAGAACUCAGAAAAUAUUUCAUCAAGACCAAAUAGUAGGGGAAAUGAACAGCAUACAAUUGACCAUAUUAUUGAAUAUCUUGAAACUAACAAAUGUAACGGAGAUGUUGAUUCUAGAAUCCUCGAAAUGGAAACAAAUGUUAUAGACAUCAAUUUGAAAGAUAUUGGAAUUUCUAAAAACAAGUGGGUGAAUAUAGUUAAUACUGAUGAAAAUAUAUUAAUAGAAAUUGAGAAUGUAAGAUCUAUGGGCUUAGAAUUUGGUAUCAACAGAUGUAGAUAUAUGAAAAAAAAAUUUACACUCUCCAAUUUUGAUAUAAUAAAAAAAUUAGCGGCAUAUUUAGCUAAGGAUAAAUUUGUGUUUAAAUUUCAUUUACUUUGGUCGACUUUCCAAUCUGAGGUGAUUGGACAGUUAAUAUUAAGCCUUGUGUAUGCAUUCAUCGAUAUAGAAAUGAAUGUCCUAUACCUUUUACGUUGUUUUAUUUAUGUAUUUUGCUUAUUUGCUGAAAUAUCUUCAAUUCCAUCAGCCAAAUUAAAGAAUACAUUUGAAUUGUUUAUUGAUAUUAUAAAAAAAUAUAUAAAACAUUAUGAUGUUAGAUUAUGGAAAAAUUGGUUUGUAUCAAAAGAGUUUUUAGGUGUUUGUGCUGUUUUUAAAUUUAUUUAUAUAAAUAAAAGCUAUUUACAAACAGACCUUGGAUAUGAUAUAAUAGCUGACGCAGAUAAUUACUUUACUAGGGCUGAGCAUGAAAAAUAUAUGUUUAUUUCUGAACAACAUAAAUCAGUCAUGUUAAAGAAAAAAAAUAUAUUUGAACCAACCACAAUUAAUGAUAAUUUGUCAAUUUUAAUUGACUUAGUAAAAUUAGAAUAUGACAAAGAGAAGACUAUAAAAGAACCAAAAAAGAUUCAAUUUGAAAACGUUGAUGGUGAAAUUAUAGAUUUGACAAAUAGUAAAAAUAAUGAUAUUCUAAGUAUCAGAAGUUUAUCUCCUAACAAUGUUGAUGAAAUAUCAUUGAAUACUAUGGAUGACCAUAAAAACGAGAUGAGUAAAAAUAAGAAUAAAUGGAAUAAUCAUAUUGUAAUACCAGACAAAAUCAAAAGUAUGAAUGAGUUUGAUGUUAUUAGGAAACAAAUUAAAAAAAAUAUCGAUUUGGAGAACCAACAUGUUGAAAUACCAAAUUCGCCCAAAAAUAAAAAUAAUGAUGUUAUAUGUGACAUUAAUUCUUUUUUUUACAGAUGUAAAGAUAAAACAACAAAUAUUGAGAAUAUGGUGAACCAUCCUAUUCAAAAGUCAGAUACAACCAACAGUAAACGGAGAAUUCAUUUAAAGCCAAAAAAUGCUGCUACUAUCAGAUCCAAAUUUGAAUCGAUUCAUGUUAAAAAUAAAAACUUAGUGAACCAUUCCGUUGAAAAGUCUGAUUCGACCAACAUUACAAAUAAUGGUAUCAUACAGGUUAAUAAAUCAUUAUCUACAGAAACUAAAGUGACAAAUACUGAGAAUAAUCCUAUAAGAGAACCAAGAACAACAAAUAUCAAAUGCGAUAACUAUACUGUUGAAAAGCUAAAUUCAAAGAAGCAUAAAAAAAAUAACAUCCUAAAGGUGAGUAAAUCAUUAUUUAUCAGAUCGGAAUGUAAAAUAAGAAAUGCUAUUGGGGAACCAAGAACAAAAAACAUCAUAUUGGAGAACCAAACUGAUGAAUCAAUCGAUUCAGUCAUCAGUAAAAACAAUGGACCAUUAUCCACCCUAUCCGAAAUUACAUUGACAAAUGCUGAAAUUAGUAUUGAUGGAAGCAAAAAUCAAUCAGACAAUUAUUCUGUCGAAACAGAUUCGACCAUCAGUAAAAACAAUGAACCAUCCACCCUAUCCGAAAUUACAUUGAUAAAUGCUGAAAUUAGUCCUGAUAGAACAAAAAAUCAAUUAGACAACUAUUCUGUCGAAACAGAUUCGACCAUCAGUAAAAACAAUGAACCAUCCACCCUAUCCGAAAUUACAUUGAUAAAUGCUGAAAUUAGUCCUGAUAGAACAAAAAAUCAAUUAGACAACUAUUCUGUCGAAAAAGAUUCGACCAUCGGUAAAAACAAUGAACCAUCCACCCUAUCUGAAGUUACAUCGACAAAUGCUAAGAUUAGUCCUAAUAAGGAAUCAAUUAUAAAACAAAUUAAAUUGGGGAAUUUUAUGGAUGAGAAAGCCGAUUUAGCCAAUUCGGCUCUUGAUAUGAAUAUAGAUAAUAUAUAUUUGACUAAUACAUCUACUUCAUCCAACGUUAAACUGAUUGAUCCCAAGAAUUGUUCUAUUGGGGAGAAAAUAACGAAAAAUCAAUCAAAUAACAUUACUGUCGAAAUAGGUUUGAUCAUCAAUAAAAACAAUGAACGAUCCACUCUAUCCGAAGUUACAUUGAAAAAUGCUAUGAUCAGUCCAAAUAAGGAACCCGUAUAUAAAAAAAUCAAAUUGAUUCAUCAUACUGAUAAAAUAACCAAUUUGGCCAUCAGUAAAAAUGUUUUUAUAAAAGAUGAUGGCUUGUGUUUGAAUAAUAUAUCAUGUACCCUAUCCGAAGGUACAUUAAGGAAUGCUGAGAAUAGUUCUGUAAACGAACAAAAUACAAAAAACAAAAUGAAUAAUCAAACUAUUAAAAUAUCAAAUUCUACCACUAGUAUAAAUGAUGAUGGUUUGUGUUUGAGUUAUGCAUUAUCUACCUUGCCUGAUGCUACAAUGAUAAAUGCUGAGAAUAGUCCUAUUACGGAACCAAUAACAAAAAAUAGUAAAUGUCUGGACCAAAAUGAUGAUUUUUUCACCAUCUAUAAUUCAUCUUUUUCUAACUCUGAUGUAGUAGUGUCGAACGAUGAAAAUAUGUUUGUUGGUGGUUCCAAAUCAAAUAGGAAUGAAUUAAAUAAUCAUUGUGUUGAAAUAACAAAUUCAAUUAAAAGUGAAAUUACAGCUGAGAUAGUUAAAUCGAAACCUUUGAUGUCUGUACGUUCUGAAUUUAGUUUAUCAAAUUCUUUUAAUGGCGUUUAUUCAAUUGACAAAACAACUACAGAACCACGCAAUCAUAGAAAUGUUGAGAAAAAUAAUUUAUUGGAAAAUGCUUUGAGAAAAAAAAAUUCAAGUGUUUUAUCGAAAAAAAAAAAUUCAAAGAAUAAUCCUAACCUAUCCAGGACCCUGAAGAAAUCGACCAAAACUCAAGUAAAAUCGCCAUGUACCAAUUUUACUGUUGAAAAUAAUCCUCAACAAUUCAAUAUUGCCCAUGAUUCUAGCACCUCUAUUCACUUGAGUUCUUACAAUAAUAUUUACAACUCCGGCACAUUUAAUUUACAACCAAACAAUGAAAAAGAUUAUGUUUCAGUUACUCCGAGUAUUCAACCUCCAAUUAAUGUAAAUUAUUAUUAUUCAAAUCCUAUUGUUAGUCUACAUUCAUUUGUUAAUGGAACUCAGCAAGUUGCAAUGAAUACCUCGCAUUUAAUUUCUAAUACUCAGUAUUCAAACAAUAAUUUGCAAGACUCGCCUGUAAUUCGUUCAAGAGCUCAGCCUUCAAGAAUUCUUAAGAAUAAUCAAAAUUCAACAAAUACGAUUGCUCAAUCUUCAGUCUCAAGAAGUUCUAUAUAUACUCAUAGUUCAACCAGUAUUAAUACUCAAACUUCAGUUACUUCGGAUUCUCGGUCCAAUCGUCUUAUUGAAAAUACAUUCUGUAAUACUGCACAAAAUAAUUCAACGUCAAAUAAUUAUUACAAUUCAGCAACAACUAAUAAUUGCAUAACUUAUGAUCAUGUUUUUCAUGAUCUACCAAAUACUAGUUUCUCGCAUCCAAACAAUAAUACUUCAUCGAAAUUCAACCAAUUUUCAUUUCCUCCAAUUGCCGGAGUUCCAUACUUUGGAAAUAGAAAUUCGACUGAACCACCAUUAAAUAAUGCCUCGUUCAGAGAGGCUUCAAUAAAUAAUUAUUUAUUUCAAAAUCAUUUAAAUUCCCACUAUAACCAAAACUGGAAUAAGCAGAUGUCUAUGAGUUCUCAACAAGUUGCAAACGCUACUGUAGAUAGUUUUCAGCCUUCUAAUCAUAAUUCCCAGUCUCGAUGUAUGGCAACCAAUUGCACAAAUUGUUCUAACUGUAAAACUGGUUGUUAUUGCUUCAUCUGUUAUAAAAAAUAGAAUUGUGUUUUUCAUAGAAAUGAACGUUCUCAAUAGUCAAAGUAAAUAUUUUUUAAUAAAAAAUGAUGUUAUGACAAAUUAGUGAUUUUACUUUUAAUUUUUUAACAUUUAAA